AUGGAUAUUGAUGAUUAUUCUAGAGAUCGUUCACGUUCACCGGUAAGGGAAAGAUCUCGUUCUCCAGCACCAAGAAAAGAAUCAUUCUCGAAGGACUCAAGAGACUCAAGAGACUCAAGAGAUUCAAGAGAUUCAAGAGAUUCAAGAGAUUCAAGAGACUCAAGAGACUCGAGGGACUCGAGAGGGUCAAGAGAUUCAUAUUCUAGCAGAGAUUAUGGAUAUUCUCGCGGCAGAUAUGGUGGCGAUAGAAGAGGAGGAGGAGAUUUUGGUAGAAGAGACACUUACAGAAGAGGAGGGUAUAGGGGAGGUAGAGAUUAUGGUUCAAGAAGAGAUUAUAGUAGUAGCUCGUACGCUGGUGGAUCAGACGAAUACCGUACAAAGACAGAAAGAAAUUACGAUAAUUCUAUAUUUGUGGGUAAUAUCCCAUUUGGAUGUACUUCAAACGAUGUUGAAGAGAUAUUUAAAGGUGACUUAGACAUAGUUAGAGCAGAUAUAGUUACGAAUAGGGGUCAAUCUCGAGGUAUGGCAACUGUUGAAUUCUCAAAUAAGGAUGACGUACGCAAGGCAAUUUCUAAAUAUGACCAUCAUGAAUAUCGUGGUAGGGAAAUUUUUGUUAGACAGGACUAUCCACCACCUGGAGACAAGAAAAAGGAAGUCAGUCAACCAAGAAGUUCAGAACGGUUCCCUCGCAGCACCACUUAUAGUGAAAGAAGUGAUAGGUUUUCCAACCGAGCACCAACAUCAAGAGAAAGAUUUCAACCGCCUGCUCCAAAGCCUGGUACAGAAAUUUUUGUCGGAAACUUACCAUUUUCAAUUAACUGGCAAGCAUUGAAAGACUUGAUGCGCAAAUCUGGAGAAGUAGUUAGAGCAGAUGUGAGAACUGACAAUUGGGGUAAAUCAAGAGGUUUUGGUACUGUCGUAUUUAGUACUGAAGAAGAAGCGGCUAGAGCAGUCGAAGAAUUUCAAGGAUUUGAAAUCGAGGGCAGACAACUUGACACUCGUCCGGGACGUGUUUACAGCCAAGAACGCAAUAGCAGCUCAGAUAUUGUAUCUUCGAACCCGAAUGAAAACACAGAAGCUACGCAUGAAAAUACAGAGUUCACUGAAAAUGUGACCGGUGAUGGUGAAAAAUCAAACACAAUUUUCGUCUCAAAUUUGCCAUGGGUCACUAAUGUUGAUGAUUUAUACGAAUUAUUCGAAACUAUUGGAAGGGUUGCAAAUGCAGAGGUCCAAUACAAUGAAGCCGGUAAGCCCUCAGGUAAUGCUGUUAUCCAAUUCGAAUUAGAAGAGCUCGCAGAAUUAGCAAUAACUAAUUUAGACAACUACAAUUACGGUGGCAGAGACUUGAAAAUUUCCUACGCUAAUAAAUUGUGA